UGCCUUGCGGUACCUUUGUUUCACUCCAAUGGUUUGCCUUCGGUGGGUGGCAGCCUAGAAAUUAGAAGCUCAUCAUGAAGACAAACUGUGCACAGCAUCCUUCAGACUUUUGGGAGGUCCCUGAGAACUAUGCUUGGGACCACGAGACCUCUGACAACUACCAGGUGAAAGGCAGAACAAUGGCAGGACCUUACAAAGCCAUCCGCGAAGAAAUGGACUUUGAAUACCAUGGGUGUUAUGGGUUGAAGCGGCAACAGUUGCAAGAUGCAAUCAUAGAGCGAAUCCUCGGGUCCAGUGGAGCUGGGUCUGUUGGGACUACAGAUCCUCAUCCAUGGAUUGUUUUUACAGCAGGGUCGUUUUUCGCUGGCAAAUCUUAUGUGGUAUCGUGGAUGCUUGAGCAGGGCCACUUGCCUUUGGACCUAGUGAGAACGGACCCAGAUUUAAUUCGAACUCAACUACCAGAGUGGUCGGGCUACUUGAAGCGCGAUGGGCCAGAAGCAGCUGUGAUGACUCAGAAAGAAGCUGGCACUUGCGCUCUCAUCGCCCAGUGGGAAGCUCUGCGACAAGGCCGUCACAUCCUCGUGGAUGGAUCAUUGCGGAAUGCUACUCGGCAAAAAGCAUUCUUUGCCGAAAUUCGAGCAGCCUAUCCUCAGUAUCGGAUAGCAAUCAUUCAUGUGUUCGCCAGUUGGGAUAUCAUGCAGCAGCGGUCCUCUGUUGCUCGCGAGGGAGGGCGUGUAACCAGCCCAAAAGCUUUGCGCACAUCCUUCGAUGCAGUGACAAACGCUGUUGCAGAAUUGGAGCCACUGGCUGACCUUACCCUGCACAUCAAUAACGACAGCUUAGAGCCCCGCCUUAUGUAUGUGUCGCAAGCUGGGGUGAGACUUAAGUUGCAGAAGUGGAAGGGCAUCAGAGAAGCAUUCCAGCAGGUACCAGGGCCCAACUUCAGAUUGCUCAGAACAAUCGUCCUCUUCAUGAUGGUCACUGGACUUGCCUGGUUUCUACCUCUUUUGGGAGUGACCGAAAUGCAGAAGAAAUCGUGUUUUCCAUUUCUGAACUCAUGAAAUUUCAUGAGGCUGGAAUAGCUCUUGGCAACUUGGCAGGUGUGAUGGCUAUAACCUAGA